GGGGGGGGGUGGUAGGAUGGGGGGGAUAAUAAUUAAUUAUUCUUCAGCUCAAGAGCAUAAUGUAUGGCGCAGGAUUUAAGUUAAUCCCUGCACCAAUCAGUACAGUGGAUCUGCACCGAAAUCCACUCUGUCAAGAUUGCCAGAGUCUCCUGUGCUCGAGAAUGGAGUCAAACAGUCCAAAAAAGAUUCAGUUUGCUGUGCCGUUAUUUGAAAGUCAUCUGGAUCCUGAGGCAGCUGAACAGAUAAGAAGGCGAAGACCUACUCCAGCAUCACUGGUUAUUCUUAAUGAAUCUUCGCCAGAAGUAGAUGAGAAAAGGGAGAAUAAUCCACAAGGCGAGAAUGCUGAGAUGUCACCUCAGCAGAGAAAGAAGAGUGUAUAUACACCUCCAACUAUGAAAGCAGAACUUCAGUUGCUGGUGGAGCAGCAUCUUCAGAAACAGGAGCAGCCGAAGCAGGAUUACUCUGAAAGUGACCCCAGCUGUCUAGACGAGCUUAGCCCAAUGAUGACUGAGUGCUGUCAUAGCAAAGGAGCCCCUGCUUGCUUGGCAGGCACAGACUGGGGUACCCUCAAAAGCUGUGAACACAUCAGCAACCAAACGGGCAUCCAACUGCUACUAAAUGCUGAGGAACCCCCAGACAACAGCUCUAUCGCUGGGAAUUGCCUACUGUGGAUACACCAAGGCAAAAAAAAUGCUGCUACAGAAAAGUCACAAGUUUCAGUUACAGGAACUGAACAGGUAGCUCCCCUUAAAUGUAAUGACGAUGUGCCUCACCCGUUCUCAAGAAGUUCACAGGAUCAACAGACAGAAACAGGCACAGAUGAGCAAACUUUGAGACCUCGACGGAAAGAUACACCAUUUCUGCACCAGCCACCACCACUCAUGACAGGGGUGAAACACUUAAGGAGCAAAAAUGAAACGCCAUUCCUUGAGGAAGAAGAGGCAGCAUCGGAAAAGGAAGAAUGGUCACCAAAGACCAACUCUUGAGCACCUGGAAAGGAGUUUUACGGUAUCUGAACUGAGAAAGCUUUCCUUCUGUCAUCCUGCAUCAAAUCUGGUGGAUAUUUCCAGGCCCUCAUUUAAUCAUCUUGAAGGGGUUUGGGGCUUAGAAACCUACUUGUAUAAAUUCACAUUAGACUUCAGUCUAGGAAGCAAGUCUCACACAAUCAAAGAUACACACAAAUAUGAUUGUGUAGAACCAAAAUUCAAAUCUGUCUACCAUAAAUUCACUUUUAGUCACUUUGCAAAUGUAAUAAUAUUGACAUUAUUGGUAUUGUUAAAUGAAUAUUAUUAUUCUACUUUGUUGAUGCAAAUCUAACAUACUGUAAAUAUUCAAGAACUCUAAAUAAAGAAUGAAAAUAAACUGACAGUUUAAUAUUUUAGCCCCCAUCAAUCACUCUACAUGCAUGUUUGUAGCUCUGACCAAAAAAAAACAUUGACAAUUGUAGGAAAAUUUGGCAUAGGAAUGCUGGAGCAAUUACUACAUUAAAAUAAAGAACUGAGCCAGGUUGCCUGUGACAAAUUAAUUAUUGGCCAAAAAGAUACCAAGACUUCAGGUGUAGCAAAGCAGGAAAUGCACCAUCUAGAGGAUCAAACUGUGCCACCUUUACUGUGAUGGGAGAGGUGUAAUAGUGAUUAGGGUGUGGGGAUGGAUUCGUGGGAUUCAUGGGAAAGCUGUUGAAAAUGGAAAAGAACAAAAAACAAAAUGUUCAAAAGCAGCAGUGCCAGUGGGAGUGAGCAAACACAAAGCCAGCACUGCCAAUCAAAGAUGCAUAGACCUCACAGCCCUUCCCAGUUUGGCAAUGUAAUUUUUUUUAUCACUAAUUUUUUAUUGCAACACCAAAUUACAUUCAAUACAACCAGUUGCCGAUUACGUUUUGACUGUUUAACCCAAUCACCUCCAACCCUCAUCGCCAUCCCCCCUCCACCCCUCAUCCUCAUCCUCGACUCCACCCCCUGUCCACCCCUCUCUCCCCCACCAUCCUUCUCCCCUCCACCAACCAACUGAAUAGUAGUGCAUACACAGACAGAGCAUUCCUAUUUUAACAGAAGAACUUUUAAGUUAGAUAUCAAAUUUGUCCACAUUAAGAUUGUAUUUGGUCAUGCAUCAUUUACUCUUGCUAAUGACAACUCCAGGUAAGAAAUGUCCAAAAAGCUCCGAAGCCAGUGAGUGCUUGAAAUAUCAUGGGAAGUUUUCCAAUGCUGGACUACAAUCUUCUCAGCUCAGUCAAGCCUGUCAGCCAGAUUUUGCAUGUUUUUUUCCAUAAGGGAAAGGUGGGAGUCAUCAUUUAGAAGAUGUACAGCGGGGUCCAUUGGUAAUUGUACCUCUGUUAGUUUUGUAAGAGUACUGAUAACCUUCCUUCAAAAACCAAAAACCCCUGGACAUUCCCAUAAACGUGUAUAAAAGGGCCAAUGGUUCUGUGGGGGUAAAGUGAGCAAUAUGGGUCAGGACCAGUCUAAUUCUUGGUGUUAGAUAUGCUCUAUGACAAAAUUUCAAGUGUAUAUGAUUUGGGUUUUUCGAAGCACAGGUAGCGUUAUCCCAAAUCGCAUCCCAGUCUAAGUCUUAUCCCAAUUCAGAUAUGUCCCUAUCCCAGGCUUUCAUUCCUGAUGUGGGCAUAUCAGAAUCAGAAUCAGAAUCAGAAUCAGAAUCAGACUUUAAUCGCUAAGUACCUGUACACAUACAAGGAAUUUACUUCCGGCAGAUGUUGUCUCUCUGCUCAUAACAGAUGAUAAAUAUAAAUGAAAAUAUAGAUUAUGCAUACAGGUAGUGCAAUCCAAGUAAUAGUUAGCCGACAGUUAACCGGCAGUUAACUGUUCAGCAAAGUGACCGCAGUAGGGAAAAAAAACUUCUCCAGUGCCUAUUAGUCUUAGUCUUCUUAGUAUUUCUGGGAGUUUAAUUUAUCAUAUCUAUCUGUCCUGGAGCACUCUGUAUCCAACUUAAAAUGGGAUGGUCCUUAAAUCUGACCCCCAGGGAACCCCGUAGGCUUUACAAGCUGAUCUUACUCUAAAGUAGAAGAAAAGAGCGUGUUUAUCAAUAUUAUAUCGAGAUACCAGUUCUUGAAAGCUAAAGAUAGUACUUGUCCUAUUAAUAUCUUGAAGAGUAGUAAUACCUUUAUCCUCCCAAGUUCUGUUAGUGAAUGGUUUCCCCCCAGAUUGAAGAUAAUUAUUGUUCCAUAGCGCUUUAAAAUUUCUGCUCUAAGCACUUAUAGCAUAUGGGCUAAAAUUGGACUGUAAUACAAAUCACAUUUUUUGGUAGACAUACCUAUAAGGGAAAGUCCUUCAACCUUAUUGGUGCUAUUAGCUCUUGUUCUAUAUUUUUCCAUGAUGAAACUUUAUCCUCCUCCAUCUAAUAGCUAAGACUUUUUAAUACAAAUGCCCAGUGUGACAAUUUAAAAUUUGGACAUGCCAAUCCCCCAUCUGACCUUUUGAAUUGUAGAGCUGACCACUUUAUAUUGAGUUGUUUACCAUUCCAAACAUAGGAUCGUAGUAAGUUUUUGCCAAUAUCCUGCUGGAGGCACAAGUGGGAUCAUUAGGCUGAUAAAAUUAAUGUGGGGUAAGAUGUUUUAAUGACUGAUAUACAGGCUGGAACUGAUGCUGGCAGGUGUGUCCAUCUAUUAAUAUCUUCUUCCAUUUUUUUUCAAAAUUAAAGAGUAAUUUGUUUUAGCCACAGACAAUAGGGAAGUAUUAACUUUAAUACCCAAGUAGAGGACCUCAUUUGUAACAUUAAUCUGGGGAGUGUUACGUACCCCAUAACUGGGUUUACAGACCAGCAGAAAUAGAAGAAUCCGCUGGAGUCUGGUGGUACUGAAAACUAAAGGUGUUUAUUAGUAAACUACACAAUAUAGUAUCAAAAAUGCAAAUAUACAUAUAAAACAGGUUAGCAAUAAUAAGCAUAAAAGUGUAGGAAUAACAAUAAGCAGUAAUAAACAAAAUCUAUCAAUGUCUAGGGGGAAAUGAAUUGUCAUAGGAGAAUACAGAGUUCAGUUCAUGUAUGCUGAGGCAGUUGUGGUUGUAUUGUAAUUUGUUGGAGAGAGAGAGAGAGAGCGAGCAAGAGAUUGAGCAGCUGCAGCCAACAAACCUCCUGUUGCUUUCUGAUUCUGUCGUAGCGUUGUGGUCAUUCGGUUAUGACCCCUUCGUUCUCAGCUAGACCAUUCUUCUGUGGUGGACUUGUCACUCUGGCAUGAGUGGACACACACACAAGUCCCCACCGGCCAUCACACUGUGAGCAUUAUUGACCGAUCUCCUGAUUCAGUCCUCGAAGCCCGCACCUUCCUGUGGGUGCACAACACCCGGUCAGCGUCCACUGGUUUGUCUGAGGGGUGUCUCCGCACACCUGUCUUUUAUCCCUAUUGAUGGGGUAUCAGCCAUCCAUCAACUCAAAAUGACUAUGUCCAUCAAAUCAGGCCACUCCUGCUGUCUCCUUAAGAAUGUUAACGAGCAAAGUAACAUCCUUAUAGCGAAAGGUAAACAAUCCAGGAAGCCAUAAUGCGUACUGUGUGUCUCUCUCUCUUAUCUGUAGCAGAUGUUCCUGCCUCUGUGCUUCAUCUCUUUCUCUCUCAUUAGCAGCAUAGCAAUAGUAAUAGUUCAUAGUUCAUAGUUCAUAGGGCGGGGGGAAUGGUUAACUCUUCACCCCAUUUCCAUCAGGUCUGUUCAGCACUCAUAACAGAAGGAAGAGACACCUUACUUUUAUCUGUAUUAAUCAGCAACAGUGCUGAUUUUGGCAGAUUAACUUUGUAUCCUGAAAGGAAUCCAAAUUGCUCCAGUGUUUUUAAAAAUAGGGGAGAGUUUGUUGAACAUUUGCCCAUAUAAACUAAUGUGUCGUUCGCGUAAAGUGAUAUUGUAUGUGAUGUUGUAACUAUUGUAAUGGAGAGAUCUGAGGAGAGUUUCUAAUUAAAUGUGCAAGUGGUUCAAUAGAUAUAGCAAAAAUUCAAGGAGACAGAGGGUCCCCUUCUGGUGUGCCCCAUCCUAUGUCAAAUGACUCUGAGAAACCUCCCCCCACACAUACCCAGGCUGAAGGAUUAGCAUACAGUGUUUGAAUCACAUUGAUAAAUUUAUCGCCAAGCUUAAAUUCUUUUAGAACGCUCCAAAGAUACGGCCAUUCAAGGCAAUUGAACGCUUUUUCAGCAUCUAGAGAUAGCAGGCCACAGAUAGGUGGGAUUUUAUGUGUUGCAUAAGAGCUGGCGAAUAUUAUCAGAUGCGAGACGUCCCCUGAUAAAGUCCAUUUGAUCUGGGCUAAUUAUUUUCCCAACUACUGUCUUGAGUCUACUGGCUAAGACUUUGGAAAAUAUCUUGAGGUCAGCAUCUAUCAAGGAGAUUGGACGGUGAUUGGCACAUUCCAAGGGGUCAUUACUGGGCUAAGGUAUAACUGUGAUCAGGGCUGUGCUUAGAUCUCUAUGGAAAGCACCAUUUCCAGUAGCAUAAUUUAAUGUUUCUAACCAUUCUGGUCCAAGAAUAUCCCGAAGUGCUAAGUGAAGUUCCACAGGUAUGCCAUCUAUACCUGGCGUACGGCCCUUAUUUGUAGCUUUGACUGCUUUAAAUAGCUCAUCCAGUGUAAUAGGAGAGCCUGGAGUUUUGGAGUCCUCUAAUGACAACUUAGGGAGAUCUAAUCCACUAAAAAAAAAUCAGAGAAGUCAUUCUCAGAAGGAACUGAGCCACUUGUAUACAGUUCUUUAAAGUAACUCCUGAAUGUCUCAUUUAUUUCCUCUGUUGAAGAUACUACUCCACAUCUAAUCACAUGGUGUAGACCUUUUAGCUUCCUGUUGUUUGAGUGUUGGUGCCAAAAGAAGGCUUGGUCUGCUGCCUUCUGCAUAAUACUUAUGUUUGGUUAUAUGGAUCAUAUAUUCUGCCCUGCUUCUUAAUAAAUCACUUAAUUAUG